AUGGAUAACGAUAAGUCAAAGUUGUCUCCUCUCUGCAGUGCGGGAUGCGGCUUUUAUGGAAGUGAAAUCUACAACAACAUGUGCUCGAAAUGCUACAAGAGCUCUCAGAUGGCCAACAACAAAGACAAUGACAAGAAAUCGCUAGAGUCGUCCACUAGCUCAUCAACGACGAACACCAACAACAAUACUACGAAUACCUCUUCCACCAUGUCACCAGAAAAGAUAUCCACUACCACCACCACCAUCAACAAUAGUAGUAGUAGCCCUUCAGCAUCAGACACCACCACCACUGCCACUACUCCCACUACUACUCCCACUACCAUCACGGCGACAUCUUCUCCACAACGAUCUUCAAGGAAGCAUAGCCGAUCUCCAUCACCGGUAGCAGAUAAAAGACCAAUGCCAUCUCCUUUACCUGUUUCUACUUCAGAAGACCAACAACAACAACAACAACAACAACCUGCUCCUCAACGCAACAAGAACAGAUGUUACCAAUGCAGAGCGAAGGUCCCGCUUGUAAAACAAACCACAAACAAAUGCCGCUGUCAGUACAUCUUUUGCGACUCCCAUCGUUAUCCUGACCGACACGAUUGUGUGAUCGACUAUGCAAAACUCGAUCGAGUUGAACUUGCCAAAAAGAAUCCCAAAUUGCACGAUAGGCCAGCGGGUGGCAGAUCAUUUCGUCGGAUUGAUAGUCUCUAG